CGGGAUCUGAUUUUGGAUCUGAUUCUCUCCAGCCAGAAAACGUGACUUUGUUUUUUAAUCGCUAAAUUUAAUUAAAAUUAAUUCUUUCUCCUUACUUAAAAUACUUUUUGUGAUAAAUAAAUUAUACUUUUUACCAGACUGGUUGUGCUUAUCUAAAAAGAUAACGUAAAAAGUUGGCCUGAACGGGAACAAGGAGAAUAAAAUGAAUACGUCCAGUGGAUCUGCCUCAGGUUCUUCGAUUGGUGGCAGCGGCGGCAUUGGGGCUUUAACUUCCUUCAUAAAACUAGGAUUUUUGGGAAUUGGAAUCUUCGGAAUUGUCCAUCUUAUCGGGUGCUACUUCUUAUCUUGGAUUAUCGGACAUGACUUCUCCACCGUGGUUUACGUCACGGCCGCCGCAGUGGUGACGGGGACCCUGGUCGUGUUUACAAUUUCGUUUCUCGUCACAUUAAAUAUCGUGUUAACGGCAGUUACAGGUCUCAGUCAAGGCGCUAUGAACAUGUUUGGUGGAAUGGGUACAAUGCCCGGUGGGGGAGGAGGAGGAAGUCGCGAAUCAAGCAUGGGUUCCGUCAAUGGAAACCAGAGAUCUCACAUUUCCGAAGUGAUUGGAGACAUCGACCUCGAUCAUACCGACGGAGGGAUGAAAUUGGAUUAAUUAAUUCAGUGGCUAAAUUUAAAUACGCUUUUAAUUAAAGUAUUUAUUUAUAUGUAUUUAUUUAAUAUUGCGAGAAGUGUAGAUUAAGGUAGGACUCGUCAUCAAAAUUGUCAAAAUCAUCACAUUUGUAAUCAUUUCUUGGCUCUGGGAACUUAUUUUAAAAUUCUGGAUCACAAAUUUGUAGUCAGUGAGUUGAUUAAUGGAAUGGUGACGAGUUUUUUGGGCCAGUUUCGACGAGUUCCAAUGUUUCUGAAGGUGUCUUAAAUUUCCUCCUUCAAAAAAGUUUCAAAAUCUUGAGUGUAUAUUUCUUUUAAAAAAUUGGCUACGA